AUGGUGAGUUUACGAUCAGGCGAGCCAGGGUCAAAGAGGGCAACCACCAGUUCGGGCCAGAUUAGUGAUCCAUUACCACCUGUACCGAGCACAUCACGUGCAUCAAUGAUUACAUUAGAACACAAAACAAGCGAAUCCACGCAGUCUGAUCCAACAUUUCAGCCUCAAUCAGAAGUGUCAGUGAGUGUUCCCAGUUUAUCUGCACGGGAUAUAAGCCACAACGUGUCCGAUAAUUGUAACUUUGCAAUACAUAUUUACGUUAACUUUAUAGGCCUCAACAGUUUAAUGAGUAUCGUGAUUGACAAGGAGGCAUACACUUCUAUAGUAAAACAUUCCCACCCCGAUGGCGUGUUUGUGGCGACCACUGCAUCGGGCAUUGAUUCAAGGAGUGCGGAGAGGUUCAGACUUGUCGUACCAAAUUAUUAUCCAACAUUGGACCAAAACCUUUUUGCCUUUACCGUUGCAGCACUAACUCUGAAAAAGUUAUCCGACGUAUGGAAUACAGCAUACAGAGAAUACCACGUUGUCAAUGCCACGUAUGCAGUUGCAGCGAGUGGUUUGGUAGCUAAAAGGAAGGAGAAUGAUCACUGGGUACCAGAUGGUGACUGGAGAUUCUCCGGUGAGAAGGUGGAUCCAGAAUUGAUGAAGAAGACCAAAGACCUGAUUACGAAGAAUGUGAACCACCUGUUUCUGCUAGUCUCCGUAGUUUUGAUGACCGAAGUUAACCUUUGGAACACUAACCACCAUGGCUCAACUGGGUCUAACCCAUUACCAUCCGCUUUCCAAAUGGCACAAACGGCAGUGCAAGAAGAGACCAAGUUCUCUAUAACGAAGGAAGCUACGCACACAUACGGACACUGGACAUCAACUUUGAAAGUUUUAGAGAAGUUUGGGAAGCCUGUGAGGGAUUCGGGCACCAUCGCUAGAACUAAGUUCUUCUCCUAA